AUGCAAAAACCAAAUGAAACUGUUGACCAAUAUGCUCUGAAUAUCAAAUGCCUUAUUAAAAGAUUAAGACCUUACUUAACUUUUAGGAACAAUACAACUCUUAAACAAACUAUUGGAGCAGCAAGGCAAAUAGAAUCAAAUUACCAACAGCAAUCUAAUAAUCAAAAUGUAUUUCUAAAUAAGCAUUUAAACAACUCAUUUGUGGUAAAUGACCCAUUGUCCCAACUUUAUGAUAACUUACUCAAAAGGCAGAAAGAUGAAGGAGGUGAUAUGACUGUUGAUCAAAAUUUAAUUGAUGUGAACAAUUCUCAUAAUCAAGAAAAGAAAAAAGAAGCUAGAACAAUACCUUAUUCUCUGGUAGAUGAUCUUUUACAUUUGAAAACCAAUGUAACUAAAAAACAAGAAGAAAAACAAGCAAUGCUUGGUAAAGAAAAACCUAAAAACACAUUUAUGAUCUGUAAAGAACAAGUUGCAGGAUGGACAAUUAACAUCAUUAUUGAUUCUGGUUCUUCAACAAUAUUAGAAAAUGACUGGCUUAGAAAAGCCAAAGCAGUCAUUGAUUAUAAUCAAUUAAAAAUAAAAGUAAAUAAUAGUAAUAGAACAGUAGAAAUUCUUUGCAAAAAUACUAUUCAAAUGUUUAUAAAAGCAGAAGAAUAUUUAGAAGAAAAUAAAAGUAAUAAUGAGGAUUAUAAUGAAGAUAAAAAUAAGAAAAUUAAGAAGAACCUACUUGGAAUUAGUCUUGUUGUUUCAGAGAAAAAAAGUUCUGAUCAACACUACUACAAAAUAACUUCAAAGGAAAUUCAAAUUGAUUUUGAAACCUAUUCUUAA